AUGCCACAGCUCAACGGGCCAGCUCGGUCAACCUCAUCCCUCGGCCUGCGUGCCGGCCCGCCGGCCCGACUGCCCGUCUGUCAACCUGUCGACCGGUCUGUCGGCUGGCCUGACCGAGGCCUGCUCCGGCCCGGUCAUGAGAGGAAAAAGCAGCCGAGACGUGGCCUCCGCACACACUUGACCGGCUAUGUGCCUGUGUGGCUGUGGCUGUGCACAGUCGGCCUGGACGUCUGGUCGUCUGAACUGGGGCCGGUCCGACGGGCCGGAGUUGUUCAGCGCAGAGGCAAGAGAGGCGAGAGAGGCGACCAGAUGAGCGAGACUGAACAAAGCAGACCAGACGCGUUAGAAAAACGGCUGCGCCAAUCAGAGAACACACUCGCUACCCGGCGAGGGGGUUUGCGUAUCGAUUGGAAGGGCAGGCGAGAGUUGAAAGCGGGCGGAUACCGUGCAGGGCUGGCGAUUUAUGGUAGGCACAGAUUGGUCGGGGCACAGACAAAAGAUGAAUACGAGCUUGGAGACGGAGAGGCCGGCCUUUUUUUCUCCAACCACCUUCAGCCUUUAGGGUUGAGCUGUGGCUGUUGGGCUCGUGUCGGGCACACUGGAGCUGGCGGUCGAGGGCGCCUCUUGCAUGUGGUAGAGCCGAAGACAGUCGUCACAGCCGUCACUGCUGCACCUCAACACCUCAACACCUCAAUCCAGCUCAUCUCAUCGCCUCAGCUCACCUCGCCUCACGAAGGAGACCAACUCUUCGGCUCACCAGGCAACACAGAAGAUCAGCGUUGCACAGCACCGCCGGUCCGGAGGCCUGCAAAGCCCGGAUGCCUCAGCUCCACACCGAGCAGCCUGAACACUUGCGCGGCGUCUUCGUCACCUCCAGCCUCCACGGUUCGAGGAAGGAGUAGAACAGAGGUCUGUUAG